GCGGGGGGUGCGGAGCCUGCAGGGGGUCGGGGUGAGACGGGACGCGGCUCGUCAUGGAGCGGCCGUACUGGCAGAGCUCGGCCUGGGCCGGGAAGGCCCCGCGGAAGAAGCGACGUUUGUCCCCGUUGCCCGGCGGGCUGCCCGUCUCGGGGCGUUCCGGACAGGCUCAGUGCCGGCGGCGGCUGUUCGGCUGCGCGCGGCGUGGGGAGAACCAGCCCGGCUGCCUGAAGAGAAAAUCCGCUGUGAAAACAUUACCGAAAAUCGAGGAGAAUCUUGAAGUCACCCAAGGGAGCCCUUCCUCCAAUCAAAGCACUCAAGUGAAUGUCAAAGAAAUACCCUUCUUGGAAAAGAAUGAAGAGAAUGUGGAGGGCAGUGCCAUACCGCUGAAGGAAUCUCCAAUAAUCCACUUUGAAAGUAAAGAAAGCCUGAAAACCAGUGAUGUUACUUCAGGCACAGGGAUGACUCUCCCUACAGGUGUUUCAGCUUUUCUCCUCGAGUGUCUGGAUGCAGAUUCCUCUGCAGACCAUGACGGAGUUGCUACUGACACCACAGAAAGUUUCCCAUCCCCUGAAACUUUAAGAGAUGAGGAAUGUUCAGGGGCAAGCAAUGCUGACUUCGAGGACUUUAUGAAAUGCAAGAACUCCACUCUCCUGGACUGCAGCAAAGCAGUGGCCAUAGAUAAGAUACCACAGAUCUCAGAUCUUUCACCAAUAUUAGACCCUGUAUUGAAAGACUGUAAAGACCAGCACUUAAAAAGAAAGAGACCCAAAUGCAAUUACAGUUCUUCAGAACUGAGUGUCUCAAGUACUGUAGCAGGGAAAAAAAUCCGUAAAAUUACAACUGCAAGAGAGAGAACUCCAACCCUAAAAAGUGGUACACGCUGUUCUUCACCAAUAGGAGCGGCAAGAAAGCCUGACAAUCAGACUGCUGAACCCAAAAGGCUGAAGAGCAUCAAAAAAGAAGAGUUGUCUGUCCUGUUAGAAGGUAAUGCAUCGCCUUGUGGUCAGCUUGAAUCUGCCCCAGCAAACACUUCAGCCAAAUCAGAGAAGGUGACAACAGAGGUACUGCCCUCUAGACAAACCGAUGAUACUCUGUGUUACGGAAAAGAAAUCUGCUCCAUUGUCAGAACUUCACCAGGUCACAGGCCUGCCCGGCGUCGCCUGCUUCCAGUUAACACAAAAGCUUUCUGUCUUCCUGAAGGAGUGCCUGAAGAUGUUAUUACAAAUCCUAAAACUUGGGUCUGCUGUAAACACAGAUGAGGAUUCUGAUUGCCAGCAGGAGUUGAAGUUUGCUGUAGCAGGGAGGUGAAACAGAAGCAUUACCAAGUAAUUAAUGGCCAUAUUUUUUUGGCAUCUAUGUUGUUUGAAACUUAAUAUAAUGUUUGACAGUAAGCCUGUAAGUCCUUUACUUGAAUACUUCAAUAUUAAAUAAUUUGUAUAAGCAACUAGA